GCAUAAUAAAAAAACAUUGAAAAUACACAAAGUAAAUAGUAUUUGUUUAUGGCAUGUCACUAUACACGGUAAUGUUUUGGACAUAUCUAGUGUAUAGAUUUAAUAAAUUAUAAUUUUAUGAAUAAUUUAAAUAUAAAAGAACACUUACUUGAAUGGGAUAGUUAUCCAUUGAAUUUUCAUCAUAACAUGGUGUCAAUAGCAGAAGCAGUAUGCCCAUCACCAGAACUCUACUUCAACUCAAUAUCAACGAAAAAAAAUUAUCAAGAAAAUACUAGUGAUGAGAAAAAAAUAUUAACACAAAAUCUUCAGGGCUCUAGACAGAAAAUUAAAGACAUAUUUAUAUCUGAAUGGUCAAAAAAAGACGAAUACAUUGUUUACAAAGUUGAAGUUCAUAUAUCAGAGCUUAGUUGGUGCAUAUUCAGAAGGUAUAAUGAAUUUUCAAAGCUGCAUGAAAAGUUAGUUCAGUUCUUUGGAAUACCUAAUGACUUGAUACCUCCAAAGAAAUUAAUUUCAAACCAAGAUCCAGGUUUUAUUAAUGAAAGAAGAAUACUUCUUGAAAAAUAUCUGAGAAACUUAAUUAAUCUUUUUCCAAAUACACCGACAAUUUUGGAGCGGUUUUUAGAGAUUGAAAAGUUUGAUGUCCAGAAUGUUUGUCAUCAGUUAGCUAUUGAUGUCUUUUAUAUCGGGAAUCAUGUGUUAUCAAGAAAUAAUAUUUUCAGGAUAAACUUGAUACAACUUCAUGCAAUAAACAAAAGUUUAACGCUUCCCUUAUCAAUAAGUGAUGAUAAAAGAGCUGACAUUGGUAAUUUAUAUUCUUUUGUCCAAAAUUUGAAAAAGCUCUUGAUUUAUCCUGGAAUUCUUAAUAAAGUUUUCAUUGGUCAAAAAGAUCUCCAAUGCAAUCUAAGUAUUUUCAAAGCUGUUAAAUAUCUUGUAAUUCAUGAUUGUGAAAUAAAACUUUUACAAGGGAUUGAACAUCUUCAAGAAAAUCUAGAAGAAAUUUUUGUUUACAACUCAAUUACUUGUAUUAAGGAUAUAGCACUGAAGAAUGUUAAUUGGUUGCAAGUCUCUUCAAACAAUGAAUCAAGCCAUGAGAUAGAUUUUCAGUUUGUUCCAUGGGUUAUGUUAAAAAGAGCUACAUUUAGCUAUAACAAUAUACUCCAUCUAGAUUCUUCUUUAAAAAUGUUUCCAUCAAUUACUCAUCUUAAUUUAAGUCAUAAUAAUAUAACAGAAGUAAAGCACCUUGAGGAUUUACUUUGCCUAACUAGUCUUGAUCUGUCAUUCAAUGUAAUUCGUAAUGUGGAUGAAUUUUCCUACAAAUUACCAUGUAUAAGAUCAUUAAAUAUUUCUGCUAACCAGCUUAGAUGUAUUGGAGGUCUUGAAAAGUUAUAUUCUCUUGAAGAACUAAAUAUUUCACAAAAUGAAUUGCUGAAAAUAACAGAUGUGCUUUUACUUGGAAAGUUGCCUUUACUGCGUACAUUAUUAGUACAUAAUAACCCGUUCACAGAUGUUCAUAACUACAGAGAAAUGAUAUGGGCAUCAUUUUCUGGACGAGCAUUUGAGAUAUCAUUAGAUGGACAUACUCCGAGUAAAAAAGAGCUGCAAAGAAUCUCUAAAAUAUUGGAAGUAGAAGAACAAUAUGUUGUAAUUGAAGAUAACAUUUUUUCACAACAUCAAAUAUCUGAAGUGCCAGGGAUUUCUUUUAAGGAUAAUUUAAAUUUGUUAACAUCUGCAACAGCUGCACCAAAAAUUAAAAAGAAAGAUCACCUUGUAACCAUUUCUCAAUCUGAAAAUAAGAACUCUGACUUUUUCGAUAAAAAAGAUGCUGAUGAGGUGAGUUUGCGUGAACAAAUUGAAAAACUACGUUUACAAGCUGGUGAUUCAUGGCUUACAAUUUAUAAUGAAAUGCUAGAUUCAAAAGAACUGUUAAUGGAUGAUAAAGCCACAGAUAAUAAAGAAGUGGUAAAUUAUAAAGAAAUACUUGAUUACAAUAAAGAGAGUUUAUCACCAUUUAGUACAUGGAACAUAGACAAAAAUGAGAUUGGAUUGGAUGAUGAGCUUAUAAAAGAAAUUGAACAUUAUAUUCAUUCACAUGUUGAUUUAAAUAAGGAAACCUUUUUAGUUACAACUAAUGAUGGAACAUUUAAAGAGCGAAUGAUAACAUUUGAUUUAAAGGCUAAGCUUAUGAUUGUAACAGACUUGAGCUCUGGAUUACAAAUAAACACCUAUAAUUUAGGUUUUGUUCAAAAUUUGAAGAUAGUAAGUUUAUACAAGCUUUUAUUCAACGCUAAACAGUCUGAUCAAUCUUGGAUUUCUAUUGAACUUCAAGCGCGAACCUCCCGAGACGCAGCCGGUCUAUAUGCUGUUUUAAAACGUUAUUGCAUUUGUUAGAAUAGCCUUAAUUAUCGAUUUCUUACA